ACCUAAGAGCUACCACAUGGCUCACCUAUAUAAGGCAUGCCCUAAUGCGUUUCGGAUGCCCAUUUGCAUUUGUUUCCCUUUUUAGUCAUCUUCCUUAACCUGUAGGAGCGAUUUUCAACGACUGUGCGUCCCAGCGAUCAAGUGUGAUUUCCUCUCCGGUGAGCUCCGUUCUUCACUCGCCCUCUCCUUUCUUUUUCCUUCCAUUGUCAACGACUCUCAACAUCCAUAAAAACAACCAUGUCUGACUCUUUGAGUUCACGGGAGGGGGUUUUCGGCAGUGACAGUGGGGCGAGUAGUCUUCGAACGAUGUCGAACCCACUGUCGCUGUUGGUGAUGAUGGUCGACACCAACUUUCUAGCGUCGCAAUCAUCGAGGGCGAUGGAGAGGUCCCCGGCCGAGAGACCGGUUAGGGUGGAACGUAGCCUAUUUGGGGAAGAUGACGAUCUGGAGGAGUCCUAUGGCGAGGAGGGUCCGAGAGUUCCUGUGCCCUCGACCCUUACUGAAGUGGAGUUAGCUCGGAUUAGACUGGGGUAUCAUAUCCCUGAGUUUGUAAUCCUCUGAGUCCCCUUACUUGAUGAGCUUCCUGAUCGUCCUCUAGAGGGAGCAAUUGCCAUUUUUCAGGUCGCCCUUCAAUGCGGCCUUAGGUUCCCUUUGUAAGGUCUAGUAAGGUGGGUACUGGCUCGCCUUAAUUUGGCUCCAGGGCAGAUGAUUCCUAAUGGAUGGAGGGCUUUAAUCGGCUGCAUUGUCUUAUAGUCCGAGCUAGAGCAGCCUGAGCUCUCCGUCGAGGAGUUCCUCUAUCUGUACCAAUUGAAGCCGAACAAGUUUCAACUUGACUGGUAUUACCUCUUUGCUUGGCGGGGGACUGGGGGGAGUCUCAUUACCGACCUUCCAUCGUCUAAUAAGAAUUGGAGGGACAAGUGAUUUUGGGCCUCUGGAUGUUGGGAAGUGGCCGACCUACCCUUGGAUCAGCACUUAGUCCCCACAGCAUAUACCAACCUAGGUUAGUAUUCAUCAAACUUAGUUAUUCUUUAGCUCUUCCUUAGUUGGUCGGUUUUUGAGUUUUCUUAAGUUGUUCGCACAUGUCUUCUGUUACAGUUGCUCCCAAGCACCGUCCCCCUACUGGAUAGUGGAUCUCUCGCUCAGAUCAGAAGAGAAAGAGCAUUAGGGGAGGAGGAGAGAUCAUGGACAAUACUUCUCUAGCCCGAACUGCUUCUUAAGUCGAGUUUAGACUUCCCUCUCACCGAGAUGCCUGAAGCUCAUCCUUUACUAAGGCCCGCUUCCAAACUCCAGGCACCUUCCCUAGAAGAACUAGCAGUGCCAAAAAGGAACAGGCAAAAGACCUCCUCCAAAAGCAAGGGGAAGGUCGGCCCUUCUUUCCCCGUUGUGGUGGAGGUUGAUGAAGAGGAAGCGGCCGCGGAGCCCGUCCUUGAUGCUGCUGUUACGGCAAUCGGGACGGCCGUUCGGGAAGAGGCUUCCCCUACUGAGACACAGGGAGUUGUUGAGCCUUCUGUGGAGGCUCGUUCCACAAAGACUGAAGAGAUCAGCUGUCCUUCAGCUGAUCCUUCAGGAGUUCAGGAGGAAGAAGGUCACAGCCUUCGCAGAGCUGUUGAAGAGGUCCUCCCUUGGGCAGAUUAGUGCGUGCCCAAGGAGGAAUUCCUUAGCUUGUUAGACUCUCCCGCAAACUCAAUUCUCGUGUUUGCAGCAAUG